GGGUAGAUUUUUUUUUCUAAAUCAAAACGUGAAGUUUGUAGCAUCCUCCAUCAAAAUGUUUUCAUUUCAAAUAAAAAGACAGUAGAAAACUGAAGAGGGUACAUUGACGAAUAUGCCUAGUUUAGUUUUUUGUAAAAUACAGGCAAGGCAGCUCGCCUUGAGGCUAAACAAAUGUAAGUGUGCGCCCUAUUAACUAUGUUGUCCAGUCUGCUGGAAAUCAACAAGGUUUCCGUUUUGGAUAACACAAUCUUUUAAAAAGUAUAAUUCCUCAAUAUUCUCAUCCUUUUGGGAGUUUCUAAACUCCAGUCACAUAUCGUUUGAUUUCAAGGAACUGUGACGUUGCCUAGGGAUAGUCCAUGACAUCACACCCAGUAGCGAUCUCUCCGCAGUGUGGAAAUAGUUGAAGAGCGCACGCAGUCCAAUCCACAAAACACAUUUUUAGCUAAGCGAGAAAUAUACAUUUGUGAGUUUCUUGUCAGCAUCGCUUGGACAUGAUUUAUAUUAUUUUUAACAGGCUCUGAAAGACGCGCAGUCAGUGAAGGACGUUUGAAAACUGACUUGUGAUUAGUUGAAGAUUAAGUUCAAACCGGGAAAAGACACGGAUAGAGGUUUUUUUUUUAAAUCAACGACAUAAGAUUCAUUUAGAUCAGAGCACAGACAGCAUGGCGAGAGAAGACGCUCGACAUUGGCAUGACUUCACAAAAAUGAUCGGACUGUUCAGCGUGGUCACGUUGCUGACUUUUCAAGGGGCGGUGUCUCAGCGGGUGAAGGUGGAACCGGAAGUGAUGUCCUACCCCAGCCAGGCGGUCAACCUGAGGUGUGCCUUCACAGACGCUGGAGGGAUACAGCUCACACAGGUGUCCUGGAUCUAUGAGCCGAAGGAGGGCGAGCGGCUCAACAUCGCCGUGUACCACCCUAACUUUGGGGCAAGUUACCCCACAUCGCCCCUGAAGGGGCGGGUCCGCUUCACGACGGAGCCACCCUCCCUCGCCAACCCCUCCAUCCAGAUCUCAGACGUCAAGAUGACUGACGAGGGGAAAUACAUCUGUGAAUACGCCACCUACCCCAGCGGCAACGAACAGGGUGUCACCUCCCUCGUCAUGCUAGCCAAACCCAGGAACUCUGCCUCCGGGGUAACAGUGAUAGCCUCCACUGUCGCCAUGGGAGCCCAGCCAGUUGUCGUGGCCCGCUGUGAGUCGGCCGACGGUCGCCCUGCUGCCCAGAUCGCAUGGGUGACAGCUGUCAACGGCAACGCUACCUCCGCCUCUACGGCGGGUGCUGACAACACCGUGACGGUAUCCAGCCAGUACAUGCUGGUUCCCACAGCAGCAGACAACGGCAAAGACAUCAGCUGUUUGGUGUCCCAUCGAACCCAGGCCAAGCCUGAGAGCUUCCUGAUGAACCUGGCCAUCGAAUACCCCCCACAGGUGACCAUCGUGGGCUAUGAUAAUAACUGGUACGUGGGUCGGACCAACGUGGCUCUGACCUGUCAGGCUACUGCCAACCCCGUCCCUACCACCAUCGCAUGGAAAACUAUGUCCGGUCAGAUGCCAGACACAGUGCAGGUAAAAGAAAACGUGCUGACCGUGCUGAAGGUGGACGAGCAGAUCAACACAACCUUCGUCUGUGAGGUCAAGAACCGCCUGGGCACCGGCAAGGACCAGGUCACUGUUAUGGUCAGAGAACCCUCUGUGGUCCCCUCCAACGCGGCCGUGGUGGCAGGUGCUGUGAUUGGCUCCCUUCUGGCCCUCCUCCUCGUCGCCGCCCUUAUCGCCGUCCUGGUCACCCGGAGCCGCCGGCAACAGCAGGGUUACCGUGGCAACCCAAACCACAGCUCCUUCGACAUAAAGUCGCGUCUCUUCGGCGCCGGCAAGAAGGGGAGCAAGAACGGGACAGGUGCUGGCGCCGGGGGCAACGGGGUGGGCGGCAACAACAACAGCCCCAUCUAUGUCUACAAGGAGGGCUCCGCCCAUGAUGGCCUGACUGACAAGGCCAAUCAACAUGUGCCGCUGCACCUGGGGGGGCAUGGUGAGGGGGGGGUUGCCACGGCGCCCACUGCGCAGGACAUCCUGCUGAGCGGCGAGCUGGACGAGGCAGAGCGAAGGAAGUUUGACCAGCUGGAGGACGACGAGGAGAGUUACGACCACUUUGGAGGGGGCGGGCCCAUCCUGCAACUCCGCCCACCACAUGACCAGGACGGAAUCAUGAGCGGUUACCUUGACGACGACAUGGAGUCUCAGCGCGACGGGUCGGUCAUCUCACGGACUGCCGUGUACGUGUAGAGAGAACGGGCAGAGGAAGAGGAGGAGGAAGGGAAAGCGGGAUGGAAGAAGGAAAGGAUGAAUGAACAUGUCCUCCUUCUAGAGGAGUCGGUGGUGUUGGGUUCUCCUCUGUUGGAUCAUUUGAAAUAUAUUAACAACGACCAAACAUGCAGCCCAUAGAGAUAGCAAGAUGAAGUGGCUGAGGGAGGGAAUGUACAGAAAUGAGAUGAACUGAAUGAAGUGGCUGAGGGAGGGAAUGUACAGAAACGAGAUGAACUGAAUGAAGUGGCUGAGGGAGGGAAUGUACAGAAACAAGAUGAACUGAAUGAAGUGGCUGAGGGAGGGAAUGUACAGAAACAAGAUGAACUGAAUGAAGAGGCUGAGGGAGGGAAUGUACAGAAACAAGAUGAACUGAAUGAAGUGGCUGAGGGAGGGAAUGUACAGAAACAAGAUGGACUGAAUGAAGUGGCUGAGGGAGGGAAUGUACAGAAACAAGAUGGACUGAAUGAAGUGGCUGAGGGAGGGAAUGUACAGAAACAAGAUGAACUGAAUGAAGAGGCUGAGGGAGGGAAUGUACAGAAACAAGAUUAACUGAAUGAAGUGGCUGAGGGAGGGAAUGUACAGAAACAAGAUGAACUGAAUGAAGUGGCUGAGGGAGGGAAUGUACAGAAACAAGAUGGAGGACUGGUGCGUUGAUAAAACAACUAUUUUUCUCUGGUCCCAAUAUGAAAAGUGGAUCACUUGAUAUCUAUCUACCAAAACAAUGAAAGAAAUCCUGAAACUAUCUUUCUCACAUCGCUGCUCUGUCUGUUGUGUUCCUCAUUUCUUUAGUUUAGGGACCUUAGAGAUUGAAGCCUCCAGAGAGACACAUUGUAGUAGGGACUUGUGGGUAAAAUGGCAUCUCCAUGCAGCCGUUCCCUCGCUAGAUAGAGAAACUCCUCACUAAAAUAUUCACUCUUAUCUCCACUAAAUGCACAGUAGCAAUGUAAGGGGUGUCACGAUGCUCCCUGCUCCCUGCUAUUCUCGUCUCUCUCCUGUGGGACAACGUUUGUUCCGGCUACAGUAGCCUUGUUUCUGCUGUAUGUGACAGUACUGGGGAAGGGAACAGGAAGUUUGGCAGGGGAAGUGGUCGAUGUAGUUGUGGUUAUAAGUAAAAUGUCAAACUCUCUCUAGUGUCUGUAUGUUGCAGAAGGCCUCCUCUUUCUACCUAAUUUUCUCUCUGCUAUUGUGCCACCAACUGGAAGUAUGUGCAGAAUUUAGUUUGGGACAUUCUGAAAUGAUAAACAACUUACUGAAGGAGGGGUAGUCAUCUAGAUGAAGACCGUGCAUGAAAGGGGAACUGAUAGAGGGAUAGGAGAGAGGGAAACCAUACAGCUGUUCUCUCAUGUCCGGAGAGACGGGGAGAGAGGGAUUAGGAUGAAUUGAUAGAGGGAGAAAAAGGGACGGCUCAAACAGCAGGCUGUUCUCCCUCUCCUCCAUUUGAUCCCUCCCUCCUUGUGGUGUUCCUGACAGGAAGAGUUUGAUUGCUAAUGAGCCGUGAAGUCAAUGCUCAUUUAAGCCCACACACACACACACCAAAUUACCACCGCUUAGAUGGUAUGACGUGGACAUUUUCUCUCCCUCCUCGCUCUCCUCUCCUCCCUCCUUACCCUGUCUCUUACCUCUGUCUCUCUCCAUCACCUCUCUCCUUCUCUCCCUCACUGUCUCUCUCUCCUCCACCAGACUUUCUCCAUCACCUCUCUCUACCGUGUGUGUGUGUGUGUGUGUAAUUUACACAGGGCUGUGGGGAGGUCAGGGAUACAGGGAGAGCAGAGGGAGUAUUUCUUGCCUCCCUCCCUACGUGUCAAACACCCCACUUACUGUACCCCCUUCCUCCUGCCUGACCUGACUCAGAAAGCCAUGGAGUCAUGCCCUGCUCUCUGUACAUCUUGGCUUUCAUAGUUUGAUUAGUAAGGUUUCCUCCUAUCCCAUUGUAUAUGUUGCUCUGUCAAUCUAUACAAUCACAAGGUAUAUAGAAAUCCAAAUACAUGAUGGCAUAUUUGCAUCUGUAGCUAAUUAAGAUAUAAAUGAAUUGAUUGAUUCUGUGCAUACACAGGGGGGUGAAUGACCUGUUAUAGGACCUACAUUGACUAGCAGAGGUCUGGGUAUAAUCCUUCAUGAUUCAGACAGACCGGAGCCUGAUAGUUUAGUGACUAAUUUGUCUUUCUAACAAGACAGUCGAGGGCUGUUCAAGCCAAUAUCACCAUGUACAACUAUUACACAUCACUAGAGGCAAACAGACGACCACUGGAAGGCUAUGACCAGCUGUCUUCCUGAAGAGCCUUACUUUCCUACCCUCAAUAGCCCAGAUCUGAAUCCCCUCUGAAUCAGCCCCUUCACAACUCCUAUCUCAUGACUCCCCUGUGAUUCAUCGUGUUCCCUGGUUAAUCAGUGGGGUUUCCUUGGCCGCCCUGACCAGAUGAGGCACCUGAUUGGCCCAUUAAGCCUGGGUCUGUUUCUGAGUCACGACCAGCCAGAGGUCAUGGGGUCAAACGAUGUGCGUUUUACCGCUGAGGGCGUGGAGGGUGCCUGUGGGUCGCCCCUCUAAUGGGGCACUUUAACUUUAACCCAUAGGGUUCACAGUGAAACACACAUAUUACACACGCACUCUGGUGAGAGAGCGACAUGUAGUAGUGUACCAGGAUGACCUUGACUGUUGUGGUGGAGGUUGACCUUGGUGUGGGGGAGAGAAAGGAACAGAGAGGGGGAGACUGGGAGGAAGGGAUGGAUACUGACCCACUGUGCGACUCGCCUAACCAUCAGCACUUGAUAACACGAUAGCCUAAGUAUGUCAAUUAUAAUAGAUUGAUAGCAUUAUGGCCUCAGUAUAGGCCAAAACUCUGACUUACAUACACAUUAUAGAUACAGUACACAUGCAGGAAGCAGGGCUCAACAUUGCAACCAUUUUACUCGCAUAUGCGCCUAAAUAUUUUGCUGUGCGACAUAUAAUUUUUAUUUUGCAUCCCCAGUGUGCUGAGAACCGUUUUGAAUUCUAGCUUCAUUACCUCAAAUAUUUUUCACUGUGUUCCUAAAUUUCUUUGUGUGCACCUACAUUUUUCAACUUAGCCACACACGUGCUCCUAAAAAAGGUCAGCGUAGAGGCCUGUAAUGAACUACUUAUCAUGACCACUAACACAAACAUGUAUCUCCUAUCUUUGCACUUGUGUGUAACACCAAAACAGGAUAUGCCCACUAGUUAUAUUUGUAUGAAGGUGAUUAAGUGUGUCUUUGGAGAAAUAUAGAUAAUGUCCUUCGGUUUGUAAUGUGAAGGAGGAGUAGGAGAGAAAGUUGUAUAUAUUUUUUGGUGUGAGGUAUCUGUAUACUAUAUAUGUACGGAUCUUUAUUUUUCUUGUCGAACUCCUGUGGAAAAAAAUGUGGAUAUUUAUCAGUGUAAAUAACUGCUGUAUAGAGUCAAUGUUGUCGUGUGGAACUCAUUUCCUGGUUUGGCCAAGGUCAAAGUUCAAUCGGAGCCAAUAAUACUGUACUCAGAAUGUAACUGCUUGAAUAGACAACCCUUAAAUGAAAAGGUGUAGGAUGUAUAAGAUGCACAUCUUCAGCUAUUAAAUACAUGUAAACAUUUUAGUUUUUCAGCCAGGAUGAUGACUGAAAUAACUGGAUUAGACAGGCUCACUAAACUCAAUCAGCAUACUUACUUCACCCAUAAACACACACACUAUUUAUCAGAUAGAGUAGCUCCCACAGAGUCAGCGCUGUGUGUGGUUUCUAAGUCAGCGCUGUGUGUGGUUUCUGAGUCAGCGCUGUGUGUGUGGCUCAGGGGCUUUGGGACAUCUGUCACUGCCACAGGGUGUGUAACCCUAAUGUAACCCCCAUUUCCUGCCCCCUCUGUCUCUUAGCAUAGGGAGUUAGAGGAGACAUUACUGUACACUGUCCCCUGCAGCCUGAUCUCUCUCUCUCACGCACACACAGAAAGAGGGAACUAGUAGGAGAGACACUUCCCAAACGCACACAAACACUCAGUGGUCCCAACUAAGCUCGAUGGUCAGAACUCUGUCAGCACAUUCACAGAUCCUUCUGUUCCCCAGAGACUGGGAGAGAGCCACAUACACACUCCUCUUGCCCAAUGUCAGGGAUUUUAAGGAGAAUGUGUGCUAAGAACACUUUAUGAGAAUCAUCUGUACUGUUGCUCUCUCUCUCUCUCUCUGUGAGUGCUGCGUUUUACUGCUUUCCCAAAAUAAAAUACCCAAUUGGCCAAACUUGACCUCCACAGACUGGUCCCGAAGUAAAAUGCUUCUAGAAAAUCACUAUCCAACUAUGUCUUCAGUCGUUUACAACAUUCAGUUGUUUUUUUGAAGUAAAUGUUUUCUGGGAAUCUUCUCUUGACCUCCUCUUGUACUGGUUGGCACAAAGGUUUUAAAAUGAAAAUGCUUUUAGAGAGUUGACGUAAUGUCCAUGACCUGGAGCUAGCACAGUGGUAGGUAGGUAGUUAGUUAGUAGUUGUUGAUAAUCCACAUCGUCGUCCUCUGGCUCUAAACACUGAUGACUAAUCCAAGCCUUAGCUUCCUUGUCUGUCUCGAUCGCUCCCCCCUGACAUGUACAUAGUAUAAAUAUAUAAAUACAGUAUCUAGCGGAAAGAAUGACUAAUUUAUGGUGUCACGUGUUCUAUUUGUCAGCGCCAAGCAUGAAGGAUUUAUUCUGUUCUGUAUCAAUGCUUAGUCCUUAUCUUUUUCUCUCUUAUUGCAGUGCUUUAUAAUGAAUGCUUUUGGAGUGCUUUAUUUCUCCACUGCUUUGCUGUGACUACUACGCCACAACAGGCUUCAUGUGCUUUUACUGCACAAAAUGGUGCGCGGUGCACACAAAACAAUCUUACCACAAAAUGUGCUUUUUAUUCACCAUUCAUUUUUUAAAGGAACAUUCUAGAAUUUGUCACUAUUUGUCAUGUCUUUCUAUUUUUUAAAAUAUUUGUUUUGUUGUAUUUGGUUGCAAUUAAAGUUUUCUUGAUUUUUGAAAUGA